CCCACAUAGGUUUUGAGUUGUCUAAGAAAGUUUAUGAACUUUUGCAAGAGUGGGGAUUAGAGAAAAAGGUUUUCUCUAUCACUUUGGACAAUGCUUCGGCAAAUGAUGUGCUUCAAAAUUCUUUGAGAACUCAACUUAAUCUACAUAAUGGCUUGAUAUGUAGUGGGGAAUUCUUUCACAUUCGUUGUUGUGCGCACAUAUUGAAUUUGAUUGUGGAAGAAGGAUUAAAGGUGUUAGGCAAUACUCUAGAUCAAAUUAGAAAUAGCAUCAAGUAUAUAUUAGGGGGUCAGAGACUAGAACUUUAAAAUUUAAACAAUGUCUUGACAAAUUUGAUGACAUUGAUUAUUCAUGUGGAUUCUGUCUUGAUGUCCCUACACGAUGGAACUCAACAUACUUGAUGCUCAAAGGUGCCUUAAAAUAUCGACGUGUUUUUGGAAGCUUGCCAAUGGUUGAUGAAAGUUACAAAUAUUGUACUUCAGAGGAAUAGUGGGACAGGGCUGAAAAAAUUUGUAGGUUUUUAAUGCCUUUCUAUGAUAUGACAACCUUAAUGUCUGCCACAAGCUAUCCCACAUCAAAUUUGUAUUUCUUACAAGUUUGGAAGAUUCAAAGUUUGUUGAUGGAGAAUGUUAAGGAUGGAGAUGAUUUGAUAAAGAAGAUGGUUGAAUUGAUGAUGGUUAAGUUUCAAAAGUAUUGGGAUGAAUAUAGUGUUGUGCUUGCUUUUGGAGCAAUUUUAGACCCAAGAAUGAAACUACAAACAUUGGCCUACUGCUUUGAUAAGAUUGAUCCUCUUACUUCUGGAUUGAAGUUGGCAAAAAUCAAGGACAAGUUGUACAACCUUUUUGCUGAAUAUAGUAAAAGUUUGCCAACAACAACAUCAACAAAUGUUCUAAAGCGCAAACAAGGACAAUCUUCUUCUUCCUCAUCCGUUUCUCUUCCACAUCUAAGCCUAUUUGAUGAAUUAAAAGAGUGUGAUAGUGAAUUGGGUAAUAGAAUUGGAAAGAAUCAACUUGAGACAUAUUUGGAGGAACCAAAUCUAGGUUUUCGAUUUAUGGAGCACAUGGAUGUCUUGGAAUGGUGGAAAAAUAAUAGUCUAAGAUUUUCUGACCUAUCAAUAAUGGCUAGAGAUCUCUUUAGCAUCCCAAUAACAACUGUGGCAUCAGAAUCUUCUUUUAGCAUUGGGUCUCGGAUCCUUAACAAAUAUAGGAGUCGACUCUUACCCGAGAAUGUCAAAUCCAAUAUUUGCCUUUCUAGUUGGAAGCAUGGUUUUGUUGAGGAAGAUGGAGAAAAUAUUACUUACAAAUAUCUGGUGGUAAAUGAAGGGUCCUCCGGUGUUGCUUCCAAUGUCAUAAGCAUGGAAGAUGAAGAACAAUAGACUACAACCAUGAAGAUGUUUCUAUGUUUUGGACUAUUUUUGAUUUGAACUUUGUUGGUUUGGUGUUUUCGUGUUCUAGACCCCUUUUAUGGACUCUUUUAUGUUGUUAUUGCACUUCAUUCAUAUGAUGUCCAGGACUUGUUUGUUACACUUGUUUAAUGCUCCAAGACUUCGUUUGGUGGACUGUUUUUUAUGUUGUUUAUUGCACUUGUCCAAGUUUUGGUUGAUUGCACUGUUAUAAGAGUCCAACAAUCAUGUUA